AUGGUUACGAGAUCAACGCCGAUUGAUAAACGUAAAAGAAUCUGCAUGACCGGUGAUUUGUAUGCUAAAUGUUUACGUGAAGAAGCUAUUCCAGCAAUCAAUGAAGUGGUGAAAAAUCCAAACGAAGUCAUAUUCCAAGAUGAUCAAGAUUCAAAACAUCGAACGAAAGUAGCUAUGGACGUUCUUUAUGAUCAUUUCGAAGAAAAAAUAAAACCAAAUGAUGGAGAUGCCAAAAUUGCGGAUGUGUGGCCCAUUGAAAACAUUUGGGGAAUCCUGAAGGAAAAAACAAGAGGAAAGAACUGA